CAACAACACGCGACACAUUAAACUCACAUGGAGAAGAGAAAGUGCGUUGUUGAGUCUCCCAGUAAGAUAAAUCAGUUUAUAUCAGUGCGUUAGAUUUAUUUACGUUUAAUUACUUUAUUUUUGUUCGAACGACAUGGCGACAGACGCGAAAAGACCAAAGCAGGAGGAUGGAACCUCAGACCUGGAUGAGUCUCUGAACAACUUCUUACUGUGGUGUGAUGAAGUGAAGCUGAACCUCAGCAACAAGGUGUACCUCAGUAAAGAAGGCACAGUAGCAGACUAUGGCAUGCUUGCUAAAGAAGACAUAGAGGAAGGCCACGUCCUCUUCUCCAUCCCCAGAUGUGCUCUUUUACAUCCUGGCACUUCCAAACUCAAGAAGGUUCUUGAAGAAGGACAGAGCUGUUUGGAGAGCCCGUCCGGCUGGGUUCCACUCCUCCUUUCGCUGAUGUACGAGUACACCUUAGCCGAGUCGCACUGGAAGCCCUAUCUGAGCCUCUGGCCCGAUUUCAGAAAGCUGGAUCACCCCAUGUUCUGGUCCAAGGAGGAACGGGAGAAGCUGUUGAAGGGAACGGGUAUUCCUGAGGCAGUGGACACGGACCUGACCAACAUCCAGAAGGAGUACAACGACACGGUUUUGCCGUUCAUGCGCUCUCACCCGGAGCUGUGGGACCCUGAGCAGCACACUCUGGAGCUCUAUCGGAGUCUCGUAGCUUUCGUCAUGGCCUACAGCUUCCAGGAGCCGGUUGAGGAGGAUGACGAGGAUGAAGAUAAAGAUCCCAACCCCCCGAUGAUGGUGCCAAUGGCAGACAUGCUCAACCACGUAUCCAAUCACAACGCUAAUUUAGAGUAUACACCAGAGCGUUUGAAGAUGGUGGCAGUGCGGCCAAUCAGGAAGGGUGAGGAGAUCUUCAACACGUACGGUCAGAUGGCCAACUGGCAGCUGCUGCACAUGUACGGCUUCACAGAGCCUUUUCCCACCAACGCCAACGACACGGCCGACGUCCACGUGACCGCCGUGUAUAAAGCGGCUCAACAAGCAACACAAAACGAAGCCGAGCAGCGCCUCCUGGUGGACAAAUGGAAAUUACUGCGUGAAAUGGACGUAGUGGAGGAGAAGGGCGUGUUUGUUUUUGGGAAGAACGGUUCGCUGACGGACACGGAGCUGUACACGACCCUGAAGGUGAUCGGCAUGAGCAAAGAGGAGUUCCAAGACUUCCAGGAGAACGAAGGCUGGGAGGAAGACGAGGGCGAGGAGGAGGAUUCCAGAGCGGCCCAGGCUCUGAGUUUUGAGGGAAUUUCGGCUUUGAUUUCACACUGGAAGCGACUGCUGCACACGGCCGCAGGCUUCACGCUGAACCUGUACGCCGAGGACUUGGAGUCAGAUCUCAGGGUGAUGGAGGAACCAAAAGCUCUGGCGAAACUCAGUCACAGAGAGAGGAGAGCGCUGCACGUCCGGCUCGGCCAGAAGAGCAUCAUCCGAAAGCUUCAGCAGCUAACGGAGAACAGUACAGAAGCAACACUCAACCAACAGAGAUAAUCAAUCUGUAACGUCGUCUUUUAAAAUGUUAAAUAGAAAUAUUAGACAUUUGUAAUAGAUUUACUCCAGAUGUGCAAACUGUCUGAAGCGAUUCAGUGGAAGUCCGUAACGUCGUCAUCGAGUAACCGAGCGAGCUUUAAAACCUACAGCCUUGUGAUUAACAAUAAACAGGUCACAUCAAA